AUGCCCAAUUCGCAUUUGCCAGAUGUUGACCUCAUCAUGAUGUCCGCACCCUUAUUUCCCUUUUUGUGAAUUUUAAAUAUAUUUCAUUUUUAUUUUCUAACAUAAAAUUCAUAAAAAAUAGUAUUCUUUGAGAAAAAUUCUGAAUAAUUAACUAAUAUUAUAUUACAUCCUUCUGAUCGACUUGGAAAAUUAUCACUAUUUUUAGAAUUUUUAUUGAAUUAUAAUUGAUAUAUUUGUUCAAAAAUACUUCUAAAUAUCUAAAAAAUUAUAUUUUUUUUAGUUUUACAAAUUUUAAAUUUACGUGAUUUACUAUACAACGACUAAGUCACGUCAGGUGGUGAUACGUUGAUGAUGUACUGAAAUUCUGAGUAUUUGAGAGGAUUAUUGUGUAGUGUUCACUACCUCAAAAGCUCUCCUUAGAUAAGGACGACAUGAGCAAUCUCUAGAUCUUCUUGUGAAGUCUAAAGAUCAGUAAAAUAGGUCGUCGAAUCAUCUCCGGUGACUAUCACCAGGCGGAGUAGAAAAAUGGUAACUUUGUGGCUCUCCGACAGUUGUCACUUAGCGAAGAGAAGUUAAAUAGAAGUGGGACACAUGUCAAGGAGCUUCAUCCUUAGGUCCACACAGCAAUAGGAGGCUCUUUAUUACAUUUGGUACGCUCUCAGGAGGUGGCAACUCAUCUCCCAGCAGAUCGUCCUCUUCUCAACGACGACUUGUUCGUCAAUCAAUCGAAGAUAAUUUACUCGAUAGAUUCAUAUUCCUUUUAUCACAAAUCGUUCAGUAAUUUUAGUAACAAUCCUCUACAAAUCAUGUUGACAAGAUUUUUGCUACUGAUUCAGUGAUUCUAGCAACUUAAUCCUUCGCCGGUGAUCUACAGAAAAGUUACGAUUUUAUCAAAUAAAAAUAAGAGUUUUGGCUCGAAGAGGAUUCGAACCCCCCUCAGUCGCUCGCCUACAUAAGAGAGAUUGAAAUAAAUAUUGUAAUGUCUUUAUAAAGUGACGUCAUCAUGAUAUAUCUCUGUUAUAAAUAAGAGGUAGUGAUUAAAAUCUUUGAAGCCUUUUUGGGGAAGGUGUGAUGCGGGUUUAGUCCCACAUUAGUUGUACGUCAAAGUUUUGGGCCAAUAUAUAGUAAUAUCAUAUUUCCAAGUAAUAAGUCACUUUCUCUUGUGUGUACGACAACUUCUUGCCCCAUAGUUGGCUGGCCUCUAGUGACGUGGAAGAGGAGUGGCGCGCACGUGCCCCCAUCAGUCUAUAGCCGCUCGAGCCCCCACUCAUGGCUCUUCCCUGACUAUACUUCCGACCCACUUGUAGACCCUUGGCUGGCCGGCAGGUCCCCCCUUUUUUUCUUUUCUUUUUUCUUCUUCUUCAUUUAUCUCAAAAACAAGAUUAUAAAAAUCAUAUAAAUUCAUAUAAAAUCACAUAAUUAGCCAAAAAAUCACACUAAUCAAUUAAAAAUUAUUUUUCAUAAUUUAAUACAAAUAUAAGUCUAUUUAUCAUGAGUUAAGGCUAAAACUAUAUUAUUUAUUCAUUAUUAACUCAUGAUAAUGAAGACAUCACCUCAUGUGCUUUAUGAUUAAAAAAACUAAUGACCAAAACAAAUCCAACUACAUUGAAUGAGGGGUAUAACUAGUAUGAAAAAAUUUCAACACUCUCUUGAUUUAUAAAUGCAUUAUUAAAAUUUAGAUUAAUCAUAUAACCUAAUGCUAAAAUUUAAAUUUAUUAAUACUUUCAAUAGAUAACUUGAUAGUAAUUUAUAAAUUAUGAGAAAUAAGGAUUAUACUGAUUGAAUUUUAUAGAUGUGGUUGUCGUUCCGUAGAUAUGGUUACUUAUGAAAUGAAGUUAAGUUGAUUUUAUCUUUUGGAUGUCAAAUCCACAUGUAGAGCCAAGUAAUAAAGAAUCUAAUCUAUGUAAUCUUAUAUAAGAUACUACAAGAGGCGUCCUAGAACGUCUCUAGUGCACAAGGUGAUUUCUCUUCUGUUUCUUUCUUGAAUUACAACCCCUUCAGUUGAGGAUCACCUAAUACUCAUUUUUUAAUACUCUUUUGUACUCAUGAUCCUCUAUUUUUUCCUCUUCAUGUGAAAAAGAAAAUUAUUAGAACUCCAAAUUAUAUCUAACAUUGCACAAAAUUAUUGAUUCCUCUAGGAGUUGAUGUCUCUUAUUGAUGUGACUUAGUUGUUGUAUAGUAAAUCACGUAAAUUUAAAAUUUAUUAAACUAGAAAAUAUAAUUUUUUGGAUAUUUAGAAGUAUUUCUGAACAAAUAUAUCAAUUAUAAUUCAAUUAAACUUCUAAAAAUAGCGGUAAUUUUACAAGUCGAUCAUAGGGAUGUAAUAUAAUAUCAGGUAAUUAUUCAAAAUUUUCCUCAAAUAAUAUUAUUUUUUCUAAAUUUUAUACUAGAAAAUAAAAAUAAAAUAUAUUUAAAAUUUACGAAAAAGGGAAAUAAGGGUGUGGACGUCAAGAUGACAUCAGCACCCGACGAACGCAAAUUGAGUGGAAAUAGAGUUCUGCCCAACAAUUCUUACGUAAGCGAUUAUAGACGAUUUAAUUGAUCAAAUUUAGAUCUAUAAAAGCGGGAAGAAUCAUAAUUGAAUGAAGUAUAUCUUGGUAAAUUUAAAUCACACAAAUUAUCACUAAAUGAAGCGAAAAGUAAGUUCAAAGCAGGAAAAUAAAAAUCUGAUGUCACGGCGGCGAUGCGUCAGCGAUGCACUAGAAUCUUGAGCGUUCGGGAGGAUUGUCAUGUAGUGUCCACAACCUCGAGGGCUUUCCUUGGACAAGGACAACGUGGGCAAUCUCUAGAUCUCUUUACGAAGUCUAGAGAUCAAUGAAAGGGGUCGUCAAAUCAUCUCCGGCGGCUGUCACUCGGUGAAGCGAAAAAAUGGCGACUUUGGGACUCUUGACGACUGUCACCUGACAGAGAAGAGCUAGAUGGAGGUGGGGCGCAUGUUAGGGAGCUUCAUCCUCAAGUCCGCGCAGCAAGAGGAGGCUCUUCAUCACACCUGGUAUGCUCUCAGGAGGUGGCGACUUGUCUCUCGGUGGAUCGUCCUCUUCCCAACGAUGGCUUGUUCGUCGAUCAAUCGGAGAUCCUUUACUCGAUGGAUUUACGAUCCUUUUAUCGCGAAUUGUUCAACAAUUUUAGUAACAAUGCUCUGAGAAUUACGUUGACAAGAUUUUCGUCAAUGAUCUAGCGAUUCUGGUGGCUUAAUCCUUCACCGGUAAUCUGCAAGAAAGUCGCAAUAAUCAAAUAAAAAUUAUGAGUUUUGGCUCUUGAGAGGAUUCAAACCCACGCCGAUUGCUCGCCUACAUGAGAGAGAUUGACAUACAUACUCUAAUGCCCUUAUCUAAUAACGUCAUCAUGGUAUCUCUCUGUUAUAAAUAAGGGGUAGUUUAGGUAUUCAAAACAUCAAACCUUUUCUAGGGAAGGUGUGACGCGGGUUUAGUCCCACAUCGCUUGUGCGCCGAAGUUUCGGACAAAUAUAUAGUAAUAUUACAUUUGCAAAUAAGUCCCUUUCUCCCGUGAGUACGACCACUCCUUGCCCCACAACCGAUUGGUCACUAGUGACGUGGAAGGAGAGUGACGCAUACAUGCUCCUAUCGGUCCUAGUCGCUCGAGCCUCUACUCACGGCUCCUCCCUGAUUGUGCUUCCGACCACUUUGUGGGCCCAGCUAGCCGGCGGGUCUCCCCCAUUUUGCUAUAUUUUUAUUUUUAUUUCUUUUUCUUCAUUUAUUUCAAAAGUAAGACUGCAAAAAUCAUAUAAAUUCAUAUAAAAUCACAUAAUUACCCAAAAAAUUACGUUAAUCAACUAAAAACCACUUUUCACACUUUAACACAAAUAUAAGUCUAUUUAUCAUAAGUUACGGCUAAAACUAUAUUAUUUACUAAUUAUUAACUCAUGAUAAUAAAGACUUAUCACUUAUCAAGAGAAACAUAUUGUAAACACAUUCUCUAUUCUUGAAGGGAGCUUAUCUUGCAUUCAAAUAUUUAUGAUAUAAUAUGUAAUUAGAUGUUUUUGAGCAUUAAUCUUGUUUACAUUCUAUAUAUCUGUAGCUAGCCUCUUAUAGAAUCAAUAUUUUGUGAUUAUGUUAAAAAUAAUAAAUGUACAUCAAUGUUCUAAUUUUAUGGAUCUAACCAUUAAUAAUUAUGAUUUAUCACUUGAAGGAUAAUCUAGAGCUUAUCAUUAAUUGUCAAAAUGCAACAUACUUCCAUGCAUGGAAUGUCAUUUAGUUACAACUUUGAAAAUAUGCCCAAUUACACAUUUUCCACCAUCAAACUAUGGUCAAUAUUAUCCUUAACGUGUGUAAAUAAAUUUGCUUCCUAUAAAAUUUUUCAGGUUAGAAAAAUUCCCACAUAAUUGUGAUUGGCUUCACUACACGAUUUAGUUCACCAUUUAAAAUAAUGAGGAUUAAAUAUUAUAAAUUUAAAAAAUUUCAAAAGGUGGAAAGAAACUGUCUAAGUUAUGGAUAAAAUUUGAAUAAGGUUUUUUACCAUUUAAUUAUGUCCAAUCAAACAUUUUACACCAUCAUAAUGUUUGUAAACAUCAUGAACAUGCUUUAAUUUUCAAAAGUAGCAGCAUGAUCUAUGUUAUUUUAUUCUCAUAUAAAUUACCUUAAUGAUUUAGUCUGCCAUUUAAAAAUAUCAUGAUUAAAGAUCGUAAAUUGAAUAACCAAGAUCAUAAAAAGGUAAAUGGUGGAAAGAAAAUGUUUAAGUUCACAGUAUAACAACCAAGUGAGAUACAAAAAGAAAAUUGGUCAUUACUAAAAUCAUUUGAUGCCAUUUGGAUGUCAAUGACAUUAUUAACAAAGUAUCAAGAGGCACAUUAGAUCCAUUUCUAUAUUUAUUUUUCUAGAUCUCCAAGCUCCCUACAAGAAAAUCUCUCUUUGAGUGAUUUCCUACAUAUUUCUAAGAUAUUAAGAUAAAGGAGUGGCUAUCACUAAGGAAACAAACUUAUAAGAUUUCAUCACUGGUCUGAUAAAAUUCACUACAUGUAGAAAGGAAAUCCUUGAGAAUAUGAUUCUAGAAGAUUGAAUAAGAAGUAGGUUAUACUUGGGAAAAAGUCUUAUCAAAAUCAGCAUGUAAUAAAUACCUAUAAUCUAGCAUAAUCAAUGAAAUUGUCAUAACAAACUUAUUAGAUGAAUCUCACAAUCAGAUCAUAUUCCAUAAAUGAUUCUAGAAAUAAUCUCACCAUCAAAACAUUCCUCUUAAGGAAGAAAAUCAAGUACAAUAUCCCAUAAGAUAACCUUUCUUAUUUCAUUAUGUGGAUAGACAUGUAUAUAUGCUUGAUGGGUGUAUACUGAUUUUCCUGUGCAUUAUUAAAGUUUCAAUAUGGAAAAUCAUGAAGGAUGCCAUCAAGUACAAACAGGAGAAACGAUCGGAGAGUCAUUCACAAGGAGCAGCUAUAAAGGGGUAAUGCGACCUUCUGGUGGUAAGUGGACUGUGGAGCUCAUUGAUCCCCUCAAAAAUAGGUAUCAUUUAGGGGCCUAUAAUAGUCUAGAUGAGGCUACUACUAUCUACAACAACAUUGCUAGUGAGCUGUCUCAAAAGGCUGAACCUUCAGCAUCAAGGAACCUACAUGACAUGGACUUGGUGGAGUACCUCGAAGCACUCAAGGUCAUCAAGAAGCAAUGAGAAUAGAAAAUUAUUUCUUAUUUUUUGUCACCACCUGAAUAAUGUAUCCACAGGAUCGUUUACGAGUGAAAUACAAUUAUAAUUCUUUAUCACAAUUCUUACAGGCCAUCACUUAAGCCCAUUACAUAGGAUAUUUUAUAGUUCAAUGUGAACAUAAGCUUUGUCAAUCUUCUUUAUUUUAUCAGAUAUUAAUAUUCCAGAUAUCGAUGUUUUUCAAGGUUAUUGAUCUGAUUAUUUGAAGUCAUAAAAAAAAAAUCAAUCAUGGAAGCUCUAUACCAUGGAUGAACUUUAUGCAAAGUAAUUUUAUGAUUUCACUAUUCACAUUUUAUUAUUAUUUAUAUUUAGCUACCAUAGAUGGUAAUAUUGAUAUAUACCAUGAGCCUAUAUUGAAGGAUUUUUCUAAAUAUUAAUAACUAUUAGCAUGUUUUGAAACCUUAUUUUAGCACGUAUAUCGGGGGGUCAUGUUCUAUUGACGAACAGGCUGAUGGGAAUCCCACAUAUGGUAAGUCUGCCUGCUUCUCUCCCGUUCUCACUUAGUUCUGAUCCAAUAUCCUUCUAUUCUUUCCUUUCUUCCCCAAUAUUAGAAGAGUUUUGAUGGGAAGUUCUCAUAUUCGAUCAUCCUCCCCUUCCCCUCUUUCGUCCAGUUCGUGUUCCUCCCCUUCCCCUUCCCCUCUCAGAUUCGAUCCUCCUCCCCUUCCCCUCUUCCCCAAUAUAAGAUAUAUUGUUAAUUUUAAAAGUCUGAAGUUAAAAUACUUAGCGUAUUUUUUUAUUAUUAAAAUACAAAGAAUAAAAUAUAAAAAAAUCUUCUAUCUAUUAGCAAGUUGGCACUUGGAAGCUGACUCGAAGGGGGGACAACAGUCGAGCGGGUAGACCCAAACUAGGGGAGCCACGAGCUGGGCUCAAGUGGCAAAGGCCUCACUCUGCACACAUGUGCAUCACUCCCCUUCCAUGUCCGGGUGACCAACCAGUCGUGGGGCAAGGAACACAUGUACACACGUGCGCAUGCAAGGGUAGACCACCUUAUUGCCUUCUCCCAAGAUGGUCUAGACAUUAUUUUAUUUGGGGAGAGGGGAUCUCUGUUGAGAGAGAGAAACUUUAAUUUAUAUUCAACUUAAACAAUGACAAACUUCCGAUGAGUGACUAACCAUUUUCGUCAGUUUCAACACAACAAUCUAGAGCACAAUAUAAUUCAGCAGUAUUCAAUGAGUGAUAACAUGAUGAUUAUGACAUGAAAGGCGUAAAUCUUAUAAUAUAGCAUGUUAUCAUAUUAAAAAUAAACAUUUAUUAUUUCUUUGAGUAUUUCAUGAAGUUUAAUAUUUUAGAGAAUUUUUUUCGAAUUUUUAUUUGAGUUUUAUAGUCAUAAUUGAUUUUUUAUUAAUAUGAGAGAAUUUUAAGAAUUUUUUAUAUCUUUUUAUGAUUUUUAGGAAGCCAAUAUAUGCCUCGACAGACAAGAUCUGAUCUAUGGAAAUGAGAUGAUAGAAUUAAAGGUUGAGGUGUUGACAUGUGGCAUCAUCAAAUGAGGAUAUCGAAAGCUGUCGAGAACAUCCACAAAAUCAAUGGUAGAUGGAGCAUACUUACCGAGGGUGCAACAGAUUGCAACUUUUGAGAAGAUCCUACAGCUACGAAUAAGACUUCCAAAUCCAAUGGUUCAGAUCAACUCAAGAAGAAACAAUUUUUGCCUAAUCUUAUCCUAGCCAAAAGGACAAAAAUGCCCUCAUUUAAUCACAACCCUACACAUGUAUUCCCAACCUCUUGUGUAAACCUGUACACAUUUAAGCUACUGUUUAAGGGUAGAGGAACUUAACUUCGAAUGCCCCGACAUUUCGUUGGCUCACGUGAAACAACAUUGAGGUUUCACAUCAAAUUUUGAUGCGUUUUUUAUUGAUUUAAGUGUGGAUUCAAAGUGUAGAUCCCUAGAGAGGCUACUCGAAGAAGAAAACUGCCUGGUCUUGACAAUGUUGUACUCUAGUUUUCUUUAAUAAGGACCAAAAAUGAUAAUUAUUAAGAUGACUCCCCUCAUCACUAAUGAUGGCUCUUGGACAGCCAAACCUUGAAAAGAUAUUUUGCUGAAUGAAUUUGAGUACUAUUUUAUGAUCAUUAGAUCUAGUAGGGAUUGCUUCUACCUAUCUAAACAUGUAAUCGACAUCCAUAAGUUGUGCGAGAACUUAUGUCAACACAUACACUCACACAUAGAAAAUAAAAUAAAUCAAAAAUUAUAGUAAACUAAUUCAUCCCUUUUCCCCCUCCCCCUCUUCAUGUUUCGCCUAGCCAUAUCGAACCCUUCAAAAAUGAAUUGUGAUGUUCAUGAUGUGGCUUUUAUUCCUUUUGAGUAACUCAUAGCUUGUAGUAUAAUCUGGUGGCGAACGGGACCCAUCUCCACCACUGCACAAGCUUGAGCCGACAAAGGAGACCCCGCCCUUACAUGUCCAAUCAGAUCAAGGAGCACAAGUGAAGACGAAGGACCCCAAGUUCCGCUAUACAGCAUGA